CGGCUGGGUGCAUUCGCGUAGAAGUGACUCACAGCUCCCUCCCCCUUUUCGCCCAGCUUUCUCCCGGCUGUCCCUCGCAUCACGUGUCUUCCUGGCCGCUCCCCCUAGAGCCCUUUCCAAACGCCUGAAGAAACUGCUGUAAAAUGUCGUGAGGGACGUCGCCCCUUUGCGGCUGCCUCUCAGAACCAGAUCCCGGGAGUGUCCACCGCACUCAGCGGUUCCUCCGGUGGAGUCGUCCUGAUCUGACGAAGGGCGAGAGCACUCGGCGCGCCACUGGAUUUUCCGCCGCACCCGCCAGGGCUCCGGGCGAUGUGAACUCGAGGCGGCUACUGUGCUCCCAGGCCCGGGGGCUGAGGUGGGCGGGCAGGUGCCUGGGAAGCCGCGGCCCGGCGGGAUGGAGGAGAGCAUGGAGGAGGAGGAAAUGCUCACCUACGAGGCAAUGAUGGACGACCAGAAUCACAACAACUGGGAGGCCGCCGCAGACAGCUUCCGGCAGCCUCCGCCGGCCCCGCCGCUGCCCCCGCCGCCGCCGCGGCCCUCGUCGUCCAUGCCGGAUCCAGGCCGAGAACUCCCGGGGGGACAGCUGCUGGCUGUGCACGCGGGCUCCAUGGAGAGGAAGGGUCCUAAGGAAGGGCUCCCGAUGGGGCCUCCGCCCUUGCCGGAGCCAAACGGAGUGAUUAUGAUGUUGAAGAGCUGCGACGCAGCCGCCGUGGUGGCCAAGGCGGCCCCUGCCCCCACCCCCAGCUCCACUAUCAACAUCAACACCUCCACCUCCAAGUUCCGUGAGUCUGCCCUCCCACGAUCCCCCACACCCGCCAGGCUUCUCCAUCAGCUCGAGGAAUCCCCCCGCCCUGAGUUAAUGAAUGUUAUAACAAUUGAAGAUUAUAAGAGCACAUACUGGCCAAAAUUAGAUGGUGCCAUAGAUCAACUUUUAACCCAGAGUCCUGGUGACUAUAUACCUAUAUCCUAUGAACAGAUUUACAGUUGUGUGUAUAAGUGUGUCUGCCAGCAGCACUCAGAACAGAUGUACAGUGAUCUGAUUAAAAAAAUAACCAGCCACUUAGAGCGAGUCUCCAAGGAGCUGCAGGCCAGCCCUCCAGACCUCUAUAUUGAAAGAUUUAAUAUAGCUCUGGGACAGUAUAUGGGAGCAUUGCAGAGCAUCGUGCCUCUUUUCAUAUAUAUGAAUAAGUUUUACAUAGAAACUAAGCUUAACAGAGACUUAAAAGAUGACCUUAUAAAACUGUUUACGGAACAUGUUGCAGAGAAGCACAUUUACAGCCUAAUGCCUUUACUUUUAGAAGCCCAGUCAACACCAUUUCAGGUCACACCUUCAACUAUGGCAAAUAUUGUGAAAGGCCUGUACACUCUCAGACCAGAAUGGGUUCAGAUGGCUCCGACAUUGUUUUCUAAGUUUAUUCCAAACAUUCUGCCCCCGGCCGUGGAAUCUGAACUUUCUGAGUAUGCCGCCCAAGAUCAAAAGCUUCAAAGAGAACUUAUACAGAACGGUUUUACCAGAGGUGACCAGUCCCGGAAGAGAGCUGGAGAUGAGUUGGCUUACAACAGUCCAUCUGCUUGUGCAAGUUCCAGGGGGUAUAGAUAGUGACUGUUGAACUACAUUUCUCCCAAGAGAAGACACACUGGAGCUACAGAAACUGUUCCGGGCACAGUGAGGCCUGCACCACUCAGGAGCUCUGUCAAAGGCUGUUCUCAGAGAGGAUACUGGACUUCUUUCUUUGAUUUUUCAGUUUUUAAAAACAAUAACUAACAAAAACAAUUGCUGCUAGACUGGGGGGUGAUUUUUGAAAUGGGACAAUCUUUUACUCUACAGAGCAAGUGUCUUGGAGAGUGGCCAUUGUUAAAGUGAAGCUCAACAUUUGAAUCACCUUCCUCCAGAAAUACAAGAACGAAAGAAUCUUUUUUUUUUUUUUAAGCAAUUAUCUUGUUCAUUUGUGGACUUGGAACAUGGUGUCUCAUAUCAAGAUAUCUUUGCUUAAAACCAAGCAGAUGUUAUAAUACAGUGUUUUCACCCAUGCCCCAAACAAUCUGUUUUAAAUUCAGAUUGGUCUAUGUUAGCAAUUAGUCUUGUGGAGGAAAAUGCUAACAACUGCUUUCACUAUUACUUUCCCUAUCAAUUCCCGUUUUCAACUGUGUGCCUUGAGCUUUGUGCACUUUGCAGCUAUGUGACCAUGUCAUCAAUUUCACGAUGCUUCCUGGAGAAGUUGAUAUCUCAAACUGGUCCACCAAAGCCUCUGGUAGGCUUUGUGUUUGUAGCAGAACCUGACUGAGAAAAUGGAAGCACUAGAGGCUGGUCAGAAUUCACCCUGCUGUCCCAGUUCUCAUGAGAACCAACUCUCACUGAGUGGUUUCCAUUCUGCUAUCCCCUCACCUGAUCUCAGCCUCGAGUGGGGUGGAGCCCUGGCUUCAGGCUAUGAUACUGUAGAGAUUGCCCAACAGUGGGGGCUGUUCCCUGGCUUCUUCUGGGGAUGAAUAGUUUUUUAAAGCCAAAUAUGAUGAAUAGUUCUUGGUCCAUCUCAUUUUAAUGGGUGCAUUUAAUACAUAUAAAAGGUGAGCUCCACCCUGCAUCUUGUAAACAUCGUGUUUGAUAUUUGAGUCCAACAGGGAGAGUUUGCACUGUUCUUUGAAGGCUCCUUUUAGCUGUGGUAAAGCUGUAUUACAUGUUUCACUACACCAACAGUGCUCUUUAGUUCUUCACAAAAGUCUGAAGCUUAUCUAGUUAUGUUUCAAUAAUAAACAAAACUAGACGUGGCAAGGGAAAAGUAUUUUUCUUCUCAGUUUUGCUUGAAUGUGAAGUGAGCAUUGGCUUUGUGCUACUAGACUCCAUCUGACAUCCAUUCUCCAUCAAAGAAUGCCCCCCCCCAUGCUACUGCUACCAACUCAGUGGGCAGCAGAGUUAGAAAUGGUACACCAGGGACAAGAAUAUUACCCAAUAGCAGUUCUGUGUUGUAAACAACGUUCCAGGGGAGGAAUAGUUAGAGCUGACAGCUUAAUUCUUUCAAGUACUUGUCUGAGUUGGUAGAAUUUAUGGGGGGGUUAAUUGGCUUCAUUCCAUUUGGGGUAUAUUGAAGAACCUGAGUAGAGACAAGUGGACUUUUAUUAUGGUCUGUACAGCCUUUUCUGCUCUAAUGUCGAGGGGAAAGUUUUCAUUUUAUCGAAAAGCCCAGUUUACUUUUCUGAUGGAAUGCUCACCACAGAGUUGUAAAUAUCAUUUUGAACUGGUUUCUUCUACACAGCUUUAAUAUUUUUGACAAUAGUAAAGUUGGAACAUUUCUUGAAACAUAAUAGGUUAGUGGUUCUGUGUCUUAAUUAUACCCUCCUCCUCCCCCCAGGAAAGAGUGCUCUUUUUCUCCAAAAGAACUUUGCCUAUAUAAAAGCAUUAUAUUAAAUAAAUUGGCAUUAAAGUGGGUGCUUUUGUGUUAGUAAAUUAGUGGAGAAAUAGUCAUACUAAUUCUGUGUUAACACAAAAUAGGCAGGGAAAAGCUUGUGAAAUUCUCAUUCUCUGAGUCAAAGCUGGGUAUCACUGUACUGGUACUGAAAGGCAUGGGGAAAGUGAGUGUGUUCCUGAUGGAUGUGUCCUGGUGGUUAAGCAAGGCUUUACAGUUUGUAAAACUUCAGGUGAAAUUGACAUUUCUUGCUAAUUGAAAUCUUUAUAGAAGUCUUAGUCUCCAACUAUGAGGAAAUAAAAUCUGUUCUCU